AUGGACCUCGGGCCGUUUACUGGUGAGCGGGAUUGGCCAGCGACCAUCCAUCCAAACCCCAAGGUUUCCCAAACCCUGGCACUUCAGUAUGCUAUCGGAAUGUGUUGUUCCAGACCCUUCUGCGUAUACCGGCUUUACAGAUUGGGUUGCACUCUAUUCAAAUCGACAUGCUCCCGAUCAAAAGUGCCCCUAUCAGACAAGUGCUGA